AUGAGGCUUUAUCAGCUACGCUUGAAGAACCGACUAGACGUGAAUCCUAGGUCAUUCCUGACGUGGAUACGUUUACAUGACAUGGAUAGUCUAUGGAACGCGGAAGUGGCUCAUCAUCGUCCUAUCACUACUAUUGCAUUGCCUCUAUACUACGUAGCGAUGUUGGGAAUAGAAUCCGUCUUAGAAUGUAUCUUAGCAAUCGACAUUAGAGAUACAAGUGUAAUAGGAACAGUGAAUGCCCAAGGUAGGGAGCUUGGCAAUGCACUAUAG